ACGGAUGUUGUUUAUGAUCGACAUUUUCCUUUGGAAAUUGGAUGUGGACAUGAAGUUCUAAAUUUUGUUAUAUUUAACUAUUAUUUUACUGUUAUUGAGUAUAUUUCAUGAUGUUAAACCUUAUAAAAUAACGUUAGAAGUGUAAACAGUGAGUUAGACGUUCUGUGGACGAAUUAAACAUAAGUUUUUUUUUCUUCUGAAAUAUAGCGGGAAAUCUCCGCUGUGACGCGCACAAACGUUGAUAAUUUACGGAGUCGACUGCUGAGGUGUCGUGAUAGGUUGUUAUGUGGUUAUCUUCACUCUGACAGUGGAACCGUGUUGUAUAUUUAGAAUUGACAAUGUCAGACGAAAUGGCGGUGGGUGAUAACGCUACAAGCGAUGAGAAUAAAGUAAACAGGGACGAAACGGCGGCGGAGGACGUCGAAGGUGCUGGUGAAGCUACUCCACAGCCCGUGGAUGAGCCUCCAAUAGUCACAGAGGAGGCAAAGGCCUCCGUUGAGGAUAAACCAGAAACAGAGAGUUUAGACGAUAAUGAUAAAUUAAAUACCGAAGUAAAAGAAGAAAUAGAAGAAACAACACCAGAAGUAGAUGAACAGGACGGAGAGAAUCGCGGGACCAAACGUCGUGCGUCUAUCGCAUUCAGCGAGGCUGGUGAUGAAGAGUUCAAAGGAUUCGAAGAGUCCAAGGAUGCAGAUUUGUCUAAAGAAUAUAGCCGUGUUUUAGAACGCUUAGAAGCGGAAGUACAAACAGCUAUUAAAGAUUUGAAGCCAAUCAAGAGUUUGAAAGCUACGAUAUCUCCAAUCAAAGCAAGUAAAAGACCUCGGCAGGAUACAGAUGGAUCAAGACCAUCAUCGGCUCUAUCAACCAGGUCAGAUGGUGAAUGGUCUGAGGACAAAAAAAUAUUAGCAUCUAAUAAGUCCGUUGAAAAGCAGGUAGCAUCAGCUUUGCUAAGGAAUGGCUUUAAAAUCAAUCAGGCAGGCGCUUCCCCCGGUAUGCGGGGACGUCGUUCAACAACAGAGAUGUCGUCGCCCCUACUACGUGUGCCGUUGGAGCGAGGUUGGAGACGAGAGCUGGUGUAUCGCGCAGCAUUGGAUGCACAUUCUAGAAGGAAUGCUGAUAUAUACUAUUAUACGCCGCAAGGAAAGAAACUACGAUCUAGUAGAGAGGUGGCAGAAAAUUUGGCGGGAACAGGGUUGACAUUGGAAAAUUUCUCAUUCUUCAAAGAGCCACUCGGUGUUGAUGAUCCAGAGAAGGAAAUAAUAAGAGAUGCGAAGUUAAUGCGUCGUGUGGAGUCUCCAGUGCCGGCAACUCAGCCCGCACUGGAGGGCAAGAGGACACCCAAACCGAAGCCCCCCAAAGGUGCCAGCCCCGAGCCCACCACACCCAAGUCACCGCCUGCUAAACUAAAGGUGAAAUCAUUGGGUUCUCGGCUAAGCAACAAUGGUACUCCACCAGUAGCGAGCGCUCCCAAACAGAGUCGACGUCUACAAGCAGCAGUAGCAGCGACUGCCACCGCUGCGACUGCCACACCCACUGCUGCCACCAUUGCCACCGCCACUGCCACUGCUGCCACAUUACCAGCUGCACCUGAUAACAAUAACACCGCUGCAUGGAAGAAACCAAGUGAGAAGGCAGGUCGAGGCAGGGUGGCGAAUGGCGCGGCGUCACCGCUGGCAUCACCGAGACGUCGUGGUCGCCCGAGAGCUGAAGAUGUUGAUCAUUUCACAGCAUUCUGUACCAGAGCACAACAAGCUAAUUAUAAUGUUGCUGUACAGAUAUUCCAAUACCUAGGUAUGAGGGAUCUGGCGCACAGCGCGCGCGUCUGCAAGUUGUGGCAACAGCUGGCAUCAACGCCAGCGCUCUGGAGACACGUUAGAAUGAAAAAUUCACAUGUGAGUGAUUGGUGCGGGCUGUGCGCUGCUCUGAAGAGUCACGGCACCAAGUGGCUGGACUUGCGCAAGAUGCUGCUGCCGCAGAACGACACCAUAUUCUGGGACCAGUUUGCUGAACAUAUCGGCACUGUUGAUACAUUGGAGAGGUUGGAGCUGUGCCGGUGUCCAGCUCGUGCUGUGGAGGCGGCGAUGGCGCGUGUGCCGUCACUGCGCGCUCUGGCCGCGCCCGCCAUCCGCGACGCCCGCCUCGACCCCGCCCCCCUCGCCGCGCUGCCCCGCCUCGAGCUGCUGCGUCUCAAGUCACUGGCGGGACUCGCCCUCGCCUCCGACCUGCGUCCUCUCGCAGCACUCACUAGACUACAACAUUUAUCACUCACAUCUAUCAAGGAGUUGGGUUGGUGUGCAUGCGAGGUUGUCGGUCAACUGGAGCAAUUAGAAUCACUGGAGCUAGGCGAAUGUUCGUUCGGCGCGGCGUUCGCGACGGCGCUCGCGCGACUGUCGCGCCUGCGCCGACUGCGGCUGGAGCGAGGUGUGGCGCAUUGUGCAGCGCCGGCCUUACUGCGCGCUCUGGCAACAUUACCACGACUCACCAGGCUUGAGCUGGUUAAUUUUGAUGUUAAGGUUGGCUUCGACGACGCGUUGGCGGAGUGCAAAAAUAUACAAAGACUACUUAUUAUACCGACAUAUGUGUCACAGUCUGCUACCACGAAUAAACAGGUGCUGAGUGGAGUUCUGCGGCUGAAGGAAACUCUUACACAUCUAAUGUGGGGCGUGACAAUAGAACUGUUGCGUGUCACCGAGCUGUUCAUAGACCAGUGCGAGCAGGGCGGAGACAAGAGGCGUGAUGUUGGUGAAUGUAUACCUGUACUGAAGCCUGUGCCGGGGUGCAGGCUGCCGGACGACGCGGACCAUGUUGCCGGACCUCCGCAAGUGGAGAUUCUACCAUUGCCGACAUUGCAGCGGCUGCUGUCAGCACAGAUGCCAAACACCAAGCUGAAGCUCCUGCGCAUCCCCUUCCACGCCACCUGGCGGCAAUCGCUCGCAGACUUCCAGUAGCAUCGCCGCCGUCGCCGCGGACACACGUCACUGACAUGUCACGCAGCGUACACUGGGAUGUUGCAAGUUAUACAAUGCACAUGUUGAUUUUAUUUUAAGUCUUAUAAAAAUAUAAUAUAUAUUUGAAAAUAUUUCUCGUUGAUUUUAUGCGAGAAUUUCUAAUGUCUGACUCAAGUCGGCGGUGACGAAGUAUUCAAUUUAGGUAUAAAUGUAUUUUAACAUACAAAAUUAACAUUUUAUAGAAAGAAUUAAUUUUUUUUACCCAAUAAUAAAUUAUUCUUUCUUAUACAUGAUGUGAUUUAAAACACAUUUUGCCUUAAUUCGUCAAAUAUGUUGACAAACCUAUUAAGACUUAUAACGGAAAUACGACAGAAAGAAAUUGCCUAUAAAUAUUUCAAAAAUUAAAUAUCGAAAAUUGCAAAUAAAUAUGGCUGUGAAUUAAACAGCUAAUAAUGAGACAUUUUAUUAUUUUUUUACAAGAAAAUUUCAUUACGAAAAAAUAUAUUUGAAGCCUUUCGAAAACAUAUUCGUCUCAAUAAACUGUGAGUUUCCAAACACUAAAGUAUCAUUGCUCAUAAGUGACAUAUCUAUUUUUUUAGUAUUGCCCAUUGGACCGGUCAAUCGGCCCGAUUGCCGUUGGGCCGAUUGGAAUAAAAUCACCCCUAUUAAUAAAUAUUAGACAUUUUCUUUAUAAUACUAAUCAUUUUGUUUGUGGUUUACAAAGAUAGAGGAAGACAGAAGAAUGUAUGGAUUGUAUGAAAGAAGAUGUAAGAAAGGUAUUCAUUCAGAGACAUUUGAUAGAGAUGUAUGGAUGAGCAUUUAGGAAAAGAAAAUGGUCUUAAUACUGUAGUUUUCAAUUAUAAAUAUAAUUUUAUUUCAAGUAUAAAAUUUUCUUUGUCUUAUUUAAAAAGGUAUUAAAGAGUUGUUAAAUGAUUUUAGUACGGAAAAUUCAUGGUAAAUUUAUAGACUAACCGCGAGUUUCUGAGACUAAAAUAUAUGUGUAAAGCAUAUCGAGAUUUAGGUAUCAGAAACUUUACUUAAAAUAUUUCUGUAACUAAAAUGUGAAAAAAAUAAUUUGUUCAAUCAUAUUAUUCAUAUUUUUCUUACAUGGAAAAAAAUAGAAAAAAACAAUACAAAACAAGGCUGUAGGUUUUUUUAGUACUUUCAAGAAAUCACAGAGGAUUCAAUAAUUUGAGAUUUUUCAUUGAAGUUUCGAAUGGCCUUAGCAAUUUAUUCAACUUUUGGCUCAAUAAAGGUUAGUCUAGACUAGAGUGUUUACUUGUAAUAAAACGAACCGAACAACACAAUCGUAAGAACGUUACAUAGAAAUGCUCGAGAAAAUACCCUAGUGUGUAUCCACCUUAAGGCUUUUUUGUCAAUAUAAA